AUGGUUAAAGUACAGGUAUUUAAAGCGCAAUGCUCGCCUGGUACGUACUAUAACUCAGCAGUGAAGAACUGUGUAAUUUGCCCAAAAGGUAGUUAUCAACCAAACUUUGGACAGUAUCAAUGCAUUGUUUGCGCUGAAGGACGUACCACUAUCCAUGAAGGAAAUACAGACGAAAAAAUGGAAUGUCCCGCCGGACAUUUUCUUGAGCCAUGGUCGUCACGAUGUUUACCCUGUGGUUUCACAGCUUAUCAACCUCAUCGUGGUUCUUCAUCAUGUCUUGCUUGUCCAAGCGGAACUAUCACUCUUGUACCAAAUGCUGUUUCAGUCACCCAAUGCAAAAGCAACUGUCCACCUGGAAAAGAGCAUAGUUCAAAUGGCACUUGUGUACCAUGUCGAGUUGGAUAUUUUAAAACUGAAGAGGACCUAUUUUGUCGGCCAUGUAAUGCAGCAUUUACCACAGAAGGCACAGGUUCUUUUCGUUUAUGCUUACGAUGUGCUUACGGUGAAUAUCAGGAUGAAGAUGGUGCUAAAAAAUGUAAAAAAUGUCCACCCGGAUAUACCACCAGAUUUUUUGGUGCAACAUCAAUAGCACAGUGUAAGUCGAUGAACCAAUGUGAAACUGGUGAACAUCGUUGUCACUGGUUAGCGGCUUGCUUUGAUUUACCAGAUGAAAGUAAUCAGUCUCGUUAUGGAUGCAGGUGUCAACCGGGAUUUGUCGGCAAUGGAUUUGAAUGUACAGAUAUCUGUCUACAUCUAUGUCUGAAUGGCGGUACAUGUAUCAAGACGUCACGUGGAUUUCCAAAAUGUUUAUGCAGCUCUGAAUAUAAGGGAAAACGUUGUGAAUUAAAGCUGUCAAAAGAGGAUACACCAAUUGAUUUGGUGCACUAAUC